AUGAAUUACAGAAAAUUGCAUUUCUUCUUUGCAUUAAGCCAUUUGUUCUUUAGUGUUGAGCCAUUUACUCCUGCAGAACGAUAUUCUCAUACCUCUGCCCUUGUUGAAAAUAAGCUUUAUUUUUUGGGGGGAGACGGAGAAUUUUAUUCAAAUGAAGUGUUCUAUCUUGAUUUAUCUCAACAAUUUUAUGCAGAAUAUCCUUCAUGGACCGAUCUUACAGCAAACUCAGGAAUGAGUAUUAAAAGUAGUUGGGCAGCAGCUGCACUAACUAUUAAUGAUAAUAACCCGACUGUUUACCUAGUCGGAGGAAUAAUGUAUAAUCAAAAUAAUGAAGAUUCAUUUACUUCACUGGUAUACGCAUUCAUUCCGAAAUCAGGACAAUGGAAUAAACCUGUUAUUAAAGGAACUGAGCCAGCACGACGUAGACAAUUUCAAAUUGCUGCUGAUGAUUUUGGAAAUAUUUAUGUUUUUGGUGGAGGUGCUGAUAAAUACGUAGGAUCACAAAAUCUUCAAGUAUUUAAUGAUAUGGCAAUAUUAAAUACUGCUGAUUUAACAUGGUCAUAUGGCCCUAUUGUCAAUGCUCCCUCACCACGAGGGGGUCAUAGUGCGACUUUAAUAUCAAAUGGUGUUAUUGUAUAUAUUGGAGGGUAG